AAGCCGGAGACAAACCUGGAAAAGCGAUUUGGACAUUAUUCUACAUUUGCAUAUAGUGCGCGAGCGUGCGCGCAAAUACGAAACAUCGUCAGCAUUGCUUCGUACCGAAGACGAAGGGUGGUAAUGGCAGCUGAACGCGUCAAAACCGUCGAAGAUCGAAAGGCGAGGAAACCAUUGUUGGAACGAAAAAGAAGAGCAAGAAUCAACGACAGUUUAGCAGAAUUAAAAGGCAUCGUUUUGAGAUCGCUUAAUAAAGAUAGCUCACGUUAUACGAAGAUGGAAAAGGCAGAUAUCCUUGAAAUGGCUGUGAAACACCUCAAAGCCCUGAGAGAGACUGUCAACAGCUACCCAAGACAUGAUGGUACAUCUCACUACAAGAAUGGUUUCACCCAGUGUGCCACUGAGGUCACUCGCUACAUCAUGGGGGUGGAAUCAAUAGACGACAACACUCGUUCGGAUAUCUUAUCCCACCUUAACAACACAUGUCAAUCAAUGCACAUGUCUGCAUCAAAGCCACCUACAUCACCACCGCUAUCACCGAUUAUUACCAAUCUUUCCCACUGCACAGCCCAUGAAGACCCUUGUUACCGCUGUUAUCCUUUACCGUACCCCCAACCACACUUUUUAAACCAACCUCCUGAACUAUUACCUGGGAACACUUUAUCAGGUCCACAUGCACAGAUGUUUGGACAUCCCACCUCGCCCAAUGUGCCAUACUUAGAGAAAUCACUGACAAAGAGUUACUCUGAUAGCUCUCUUGUGAAAAUGGCCUAUGGCUACCCCUUUCCUCGGUCCCCCACAACACACUGCCACAGUACACCCAACUCACCAAAGAGCUCUGUGUUGUCAACACCCACUACCAGAGAACCAUCCCAAACAAGGUCUGAACCAGUUUGGCGACCUUGGUGAGGGUAAAUUGCAGAUAAAUAGACACACACUACCAGCAUAUGGCAUUUGAUGCCAACAAGAAACAAUUUUAAAUAUAUUGUGUAUUAGUGUAUUAUAAUAAAUUAAUUUAAUAUUAGAUACAAAUAGUAGUUAGGGUUUUGUAUAAUUUAAAACAAUUUGACCACACCAAUUGCAAAUGAGUGCGCUGAUCGACUGACUGCUUAUUGUAGAGUUUAUUAUUUUGGGUUGUAGAUAUUAAAUAUAAAUUAUCGGAGUCAUGCUUAUUCAGAAC